AGGGAAGGAGGGAAGGAGGGAGGGAAGAAUAAAUAAGCCCAUAAAAGAUGCUUUGAGUCAGGCCGAGGGAAGGCGAGAGGUGGCUCCACACAUCCAAACCGUGGCUCGUCGGAUUCCGCUGGCUGCAUUGCAGUGAGAAAGCCAAGGCAAGGCUUCAGUGUGGAGGUACGGGAGGGAGCGGGGAGGGGGGGGUUGAGAAAGAGGCAAGGACAGGACGGUGGCGGCGGGAGAUAAGAGCCCGUGGGAGAGGGAUGGAAAACCAUCUGCGCGCCGGAGGUUUGAAGUGCGGCUGAUACUGCGGCCCGUGACGGCGGGACAGCUGCGGAUGAGCCAUGGGGGGGCGACCUUCAACCUUCUUGACCUCCCACUGGGGUCCAGCCAGGAUGGAGAACUAGGAGAAGAACAGGACUGAUCGUUUGCAGUCUUCAAGGGCUUCAUCAGAGAGCGUCCUGGGAGACGGAACGGGGGGGAGGGUGGUAGAGGAGGUGGUUUGUAGGGGGUGGGGGGGGGCUGUCUCACAGAAGUGGUCUCGCAGUGGUUUAAGCUGCCGGCUGUAUUUUUGGGAUCCUGCGAAUGAAGCGAGCACGCUGGAAUAAAGAUGUAGUGUGAACUGGUGGAGGGAGGGGGGACGGAACAAGGAGAGUGCUGUGCUAAGGGAAGGGGAGAACGUCCCAGCUUAACACACGGACUGGGAGGACAGAUCUUUGGGGCGGGGGAGGCAAAGACGGAGGGCCCACCGGAUCAGAAAGAUGACCUCCCGCUGCAGGAAUGCGGUGAACAUCGUGGUCACCACCCUUUUUGCAGCGGUGGUCCUCUUCACCAUCCUGCUGGCCUAUAUCACAGGUUACCAGUUCAUCCAAACGGAGCAGCACCACCUCUCCUUUGGCCUCUAUGGUGCCUUCCUCUCGCUCCACCUUCUCCUCCAGAGCCUUUUUGCCUUUCUGGAGCAUCGGCGCAUGAAGAUCCCCACCCGUCCUCAGCAUCUCCGCCGCUCUGUUGCCCUCUGCGUCGCCGCCUACCAGGAAGACCCGGACUACUUAAGGAAGUGUCUGCGCAGUAUCAGGCGGAUUUCUUUCCCGGGACUAAAAGUAGUGCUGGUAGUGGAUGGGAACCGACCGGAGGACCGUUACAUGAUGGACAUUUUCCAGGAGGUGAUGGGUGGGGCUGAGCAGGCGGGCAGUAUGGUAUGGAAGGGAAACUACCACAGCGAUGGGAGCGGAGAAGGGGCUGACAGAGGUGGGGGGAGCACAGUUCACGUGGAGGAGACGUUACGAGUCACUCGGCUGGUCAGGGGUUGUCGCUUUUCCUGUAUCAUGCAGGAGUGGGGAGGGAAGAGGGAGGUGAUGUACACGGCCUUUAAAGCAUUGGGGGACACUGUGGAUUACGUGCAGGUGUGUGACUCUGACACAGUUCUGGACCCGGCAUGUACCAUUGAGAUGUUGAAGAUCUUGGAAGCCGAUGCGGCAGUAGGAGGAGUCGGGGGAGAUGUGCAGAUCCUGAACAAGUACGACUCCUGGAUCUCCUUCCUCAGCAGCGUGCGUUACUGGAUGGCCUUCAAUAUUGAGCGUGCCUGCCAGUCCUACUUCGGAUGUGUCCAGUGUAUCAGCGGCCCUCUUGGGAUGUACAGGAAUUGCCUUCUCCAGCGCUUCCUGGAAGCCUGGUACCAUCAAACCUUCCUGGGCUCCAAGUGCAGCUUCGGCGACGACCGUCACCUCACCAACCGAGUGCUGAGCUUCGGCUACAAGACAAAAUACACAGCCCGAUCGCAGUGUCAGACCGAAACGCCAACACAGUACCUGCGUUGGCUCAACCAGCAGACUCGCUGGAGUAAGUCGUACUUCCGCGAGUGGCUCUAUAACGCUUUGUGGUUUCAUAAGCACAGCCUCUGGAUGACCUACGAAUCCGUAGUCACCGGCUUCUUCCCGUUCUUCUUGGUAGCCACGGUCAUCCAUCUCUUCUACCGCGGAAGGUUAUGGAACAUUUUGCUCUUCUUGUUGACCGUCCAGCUGGUUGGGAUGUUGAAGGCCACCUACGCCUGUUUCUUGCGCGGUAGCCUGGUCAUGAUCUUCAUGUCGCUCUACUCUCUGCUCUACAUGUCCAGUUUACUACCUGCCAAAAUAUUUGCCUUAUUAACAAUCAACAAAGCAGGGUGGGGAACUUCGGGCCGCAGGAAGAUCGUGGUAAACCUGAUCGGCGCCGUCCCCGUGACGGUGUGGACCGUGGUGCUGCUCGGGGGCGUGGUGUAUACGAUUUACUGCGAAAUGCGGCAGCCUUUGAGCGAGUCCGAAAAGGUUUUGUUAAUAGCGGGGACAGUACUCUAUGCCUGCUAUUGGCUCAUUCUGCUGGUGCUUUACCUUGCAAUCGUAGCCAAACGGUGCAACAAGCGGGAGGAUCAGUUCCACCUGCCAUACGCUGAGGCAUAAAACUGCUCGGAGGCGGCUCGACGGGUCAACAACAUGAAGACCAACCGCUGUAUCCGCACACCUCUGUGAACUGCCGGAGCAACGGUAACGGUCACGUCUGGACUACUGGUGCUAAAAAGGUGGGCGUGUGAAAUUCAAGCAGCAGGGAGGAGAUUCAGUCGGGGAGAAAAACUUGUGAGAUGACCGCAUCCAUGAAGCAUGACGCCGUUUUCCCGGAAAGGACUGACCCAGUGUUCACACGCUUUAUUUGAACAUCACGUAGUCCAUGGGUACGGGUUCGCUGUGCAACCACAACAACAAAGCGGUCCGGAAUGGUGCUCGUGAUGCGUUUAGCGCAAAGAAUGAAUCAAAUGGAACUAACGGCAGGAAAGAUGGUUGGUCUGAUUGAAAUGUUUUGACUUCAUAGAAACGGUACGUACAACGACAGAACUUAAGAGCCUAAACAAAUGACGAGAAAGUCAAGUUAAAUAACAGAAGAACAGCAAGAGGAGAUCAAAGCUGCAUUCUGUCUGAUACUUCAUGACCUGAAAGAAUGUCCACGGGAAACGGGUCUGAAGAAAAUACGCAACUGAAGGAACCUAUCAGUUCUAGGGACUGAGAUCAAGGAGAGGCUGAAGUCAAUGAACAAAAGAGCAGUCACUAUUUCCAUUUGGAUUUUAUGAUUGGAACUUGUAAGAUUUUGAGGAAACCAACACACUAAAAGAUCCCCGAUCAUGCUCAGCAUACAGUAAAGCAUUCUCGACCAUUUAAUCAAAUGUCAAUUUACCGAAUAUGCCUGUACUGAAAGGUAUCACGAUAAAUCGAGUUUUACAAUGUUGUAAGAUAGCAGUAGUACUUGCAAAAAGAAAAUAAUAAGAAUAAUAAUUGAUAUUUCACUCAUGAAACAGAAAAUGGAUGGGUGGAUUAAUUUGGGAUUUUUACCGUGUACAAAGAAUGUGUGUGCGCCCCCAACUGAUUGCAAACAACAUAUUGCACAAACCACCUGAAGGGGUCGAUUUUGUUUUCAACUCUAUAAAUAAACAUCUCUUAUUUUGCAUUCAUCACGAGCAACACCUUCCUAGUGCCAAAAAAAAAAGGCGGGUAGUUAAGGGUCCCAUUCAUCUUAUUUGAAGCUUCAGUGGUGUGAGCGCCCCAAACCAUGUCAUUUCCCUAUUUUCCCAGAACGCGCAAUGCGGCUUUCUCACCAGAAAUUUACGGCCUGGGUGAAGCGGGAGGGGCCCUCAACUGUGAUGAGGAGACAUAAGACCCAAAACUGGAUAUGCGCUAGUGGCUAUAUGUUGACAGAGACUGUUCCAACAAGCACAUUGAGUAGAUGGAUUAAGAUAAGAUAAGAUAAGAUAUCCUUUAUUCGUCCCACACUGGGGAAAUUUACAUUGAAAGCACAAAGAAUGUGACAGAGUGGCUAUGUAAAGUGUCGGCCUGUCCCGACUUCCAGAAAGAGUUCUCAAAACUUGUGACAUGCAGUGGUCAUUUUGGUGCUAGUAAUAACACGUCUGAUUUAACAUUCCGUUGCAUAUCCAUUUCGAUGUCUCGUUUUGGUCUGAAGAAUUUUUUAGCUUCGUGAUUGCGAUUUGUGUGUGAUCCCUUUAAGACGUUGCCGAGGUGCCAAAGCAUCAUCUGUGUCGCAAGUUCUGGUUUCACCAAAGGGGACUGUUCUCUUGACCUUUUACGGUAAAUGUAGAAGAACGUAUUUUGAACUGUAACCGAGGACCAAAGACAUUUCUUUGCGAGAGACUUGGAAACCUUGUGUUUUCUGUUUCACGCUUUUUUUUUCCACGUCACCCAAGCAAAAUGACAAUUCAGUGUGUCAGAUCUAUCUGUCCUGUUUGAUGAUGAUCUCAGGAAAUCACCGGAAUGUUUCUCAGUCAAUAAAAUAUGAUCUGCCUUUGA